ACUUACUCUCUCUACCAGGCGACUAAACAGCACACAAGGAGAGAUCAGAGUGGGGCCGAGUCACCAAGCCAAGCUUCCCGAGCUGCAGCCCUUCCCCUCCGAGGCCCCGGGGGGCCUGGGUCAGGCUGUGACAGAGAAUGAGGAGCUGGUGUGGAUGCCAGGGGUCAACGACUGUGACCUGCUCAUGUACCUCAGGGCUGCAAGGAGCAUGGCGGCCUUCGCUGGGAUGUGUGACGGAGGUUCUACAGAAGACGGUUGCCUGGCAGCCUCGCGAGACGACACCACACUCAACGCGCUCAACACGCUUCACGAGAGCAGUUAUGAUGCAGGCAAGGCCUUACAGCGCCUGGUCAAAAAGCCUGUUCCCAAACUCAUAGAGAAGUGCUGGUCAGAAGACGAAGUGAAGCGGUUCAUUAAAGGGCUCAGACAGUACGGCAAGAACUUCUUCAAGAUUCGUAAAGAGCUGCUACCCAACAAGGAAACGGGUGAGUUGAUAACCUUCUACUACUACUGGAAGAAGAGUCCUGAGGCAGCGUCGUCCAGGGCCCACCGUAGACACCGUCGCCAGCCUGUGUUCCGACGCAUCAAGACACGCACUGCCUCCACCCCCGUCAACAUCCCGUCUAGACCCCCCUCCUCAGAGUUCUUGGACCUGAGUUCAGCCAGUGAAGAUGACCUGGACAGUGAAGACAGUGAGCAGGAGCUGAAGGGUUACGCCUGCAGACACUGUUUCACCACCACCUCUAAGGACUGGCACCACGGGGGCAGAGAGAACAUCUUGUUGUGUACAGACUGUCGUAUCCACUUUAAGAAGUACGGCGAGCUGCCCCCCAUCGAGAAGCCCGUGGACCCGCCUCCGUUCAUGUUCAAACCCGUCAAAGAGGAUGAGGAUGGACUCAGCGGGAAACAUAGCAUGAAGACCAGACGCAACAGAGGAUCGAUGUCGACGCUCCGUAGUGGCCGGAAGAAGCAGACAGCCAGUCCUGAUGGACGAGCGUCUCCAACCAAUGAGGACCUGCGGUCUAGUGGCCGUACCUCCCCCUCCGCAGCCUCCACAGACAGCACUGACAGCAAGACAGACCCCAUGAAGAAACCCAGCAAGAAGAUUAAGGAGGAGUCUCCUAUGAAGAGUGCCAAACGCCAGAGAGAGAAGGGAGGAGCCUCAGACACAGAGGACACAGACAACAGGACAAGUGCCAAAAAGUCCAAAACCCAGGAGUUGGGUCGGUCCGACUCGCCGUCAGAAUGCGAGGGAGAGGGCGAGGGAGAGGGCGAGAGCUCUGACGGGCACAGCGUCAACGAGGAGUGUAGCAGUGACACUAAAGACAUCGACCAGGAUAACCGCAGCUCCUCGCCCUCCAUCCCCAGCCCCCGAGACGGGGAGAGUGACUCGGAUUCCUCCGCACAGCAACAACUGCUCCUACUGCAGAGACAAGAGAGAGAGAGGGAGAGAGAGGGGCAGUCGCAGCACCCUCCGGUUAUCCAGUCCUGUCAGCCAGGGACCUCGGGUGGCCGCUCCACCACCCCUCCAUUACCUCCCACGUCCUCCUCAGCCCCCUCACUGGUCCCCCAGGUCCCACCCUCCUCCGCACCCCCCACUUCUCUUCCACUGCCUCUACCGCCUUCCAUGCCCCAACAGGCCGGCCCCCUCUCUCUCAACCAAUCAGGGGUGUCCAUCCACCCCCAGAGGAGGCCCUCCCCCUCGCCUCAUUCUCCGCAGCAGGGGAUGUCUCAGGCUCCACCCCCAGGACCGCCAGGCUCCACCCAGUCGCUACCGAGCACGUUCCACGGCCCGCUGCCCCACUCAUCAUCCAUGCCGCACCCACUCCAAACUUGCCCCUCUCACCUGCCCCACCCCCACUCCCUGCCCCCUCAGAGCUUCCCAUUGGGCCCCCAGUCUCAGGUCCCGCCCUCCCCUCUCCCUCUCAGUCAAUCGCAGCAGCCGUCUCACAGGGCCCACACGCCCCCCAGCCAAUCAUCGUCGUCCCAGGGUGGCUCGUCCAAUCAGCCGCACCGCGAGCAGCCUCUACACCCCGCCCCUUCCAUGUCCAUGCCCCAUAUCAAGCCCCCUCCCACCACCCCCAUCCCCCACAUGCCCAACCGCGACCCUCAGUCUCACAAACACGGGCCUCCACACCUCUCAGCGCCCCCCUUCCCCCAGAUGCCCUCCAACCUGCCCCCUCCACCCGCCCUCAAGCCCCUUUCCUCCCUGUCCGCCCACCACCCUCCUCCUGCCCACCCUCCUCCCCUCCAGCUCAUGCCCCAGGGCCCAGGCCAGCAGCUCCAGCCUCCACCAGCCCAGCCCCCUGUCCUCACCCAGUCCCAGAAUCUCCCCCUUUCAGAGAGAGAGAGAGGCAGCCAGCAUCACCCUCCUCCUCUACCCCUUUCUGGACCGUCACCGUCCUCCCACCCCAACACACCCCAACAGUCCCCGUUCCCUCCUCACCCCUUCGCCCCUGUCCUGCCCCUCUCCUCCUCUGGCUGUCCUCCCCCCUCCUCAUCCUCCUCUCUACCAGCAUGCCUCCAGCCCCCCUCUUCCUCCAUCUCCAUGCCCCUCCCAGCCUCAGUCGGCUCCGCCUGCCCAGGUCCCGCCGUCCCACCUGUACACAUCAAGGAGGAACCUCUCGACGAAUCAGAGGAGCCCGAGAGCCCUCCGCCCCCUCCUCGGAGCCCCUCCCCCGAGCCUACCGUCGUCAACACGCCCAGCCAUGCCAGCCAAUCAGCACGGUUCUACAAGCACCUGGACCGUGGGUACAACACGUGUGCUAGAACAGACUUCUACUUUACUCCUCUGGCUGCUUCUAAACUGGCCAAGAAGAGAGAAGAGGCGCUGGAGCGGGUCAAGAGGGAGGCCGAGCAGAAAGCCCGGGAGGAGAAGGAGAGGGAGAAGGAACGAGAGAGAGAACGGGAAAGAGAGAAGGAACAGGAGAGAGCUGCGAAAGCCUCCAGUUCGUGUCACGAUGGCCGUAUGGGUGACCCCCAGAUGGGUGGCUCCGCCCACAUGCGUCCUCCCUUCGACGGCCCCCCUACCUCCAUCGCUGCAGUGCCCCCUUACAUCGGACCCGACACGCCCGCCCUGCGCACCCUCAGCGAGUACGCCCGCCCCCACGUCAUGUCCCCGACCAAUAGGAACCACCCCUUCUUCGUCUCCCUCAACCCCAACGACCCCCUGAUGGCCUAUCACAUGCCUGGCCUCUACAACGCCGACCCGGGCAUGCGGGAGCGCGAGCUGCGAGAGCGGGAAAUGAGGGAGAGAGAGAUGAGGGAGAGGGAGCUGAGAGAGAGGAUGAAGCCUGGGUUCGAACACAAACCCCCGGAACUAGAAGGCAUGCACCCCUCGGCGAACCCCAUGGAGCACUUCGCCCGACACGGGGCCAUCUCCUUACCUUCCAUGGCGGGACCACACCCCUUCGCCUCCUUCCACCCAGGUCUCAACCCCUUGGAGAGGGAGCGUUUGGCGUUGGCCGCGGGACCCCAGCUCAGACCAGACAUGAGCUACCCGGAGCGGCUGGCGGCGGAGAGGCUGCACGCCGAGAGGAUGGCGGCGGUGGCCAACGACCCGAUCGCCAGGCUUCAGAUGUUCAACAUCACGCCUCAUCACCACCAGCACUCCCACAUCCACUCACACCUGCACCUUCACCAGCAGGACUCCCUGCACCAAGGCGGUGGUGAAUGUCUUGUGUGCCCUCCAGGUUCGGGGGGGCACCCCCUCGUAGACCCCCUGGCAGGAGGCCCCCACCUCGCCCGCUUCCCCUACCCGCCCGGCGCAAUCCCCAACCCCCUCCUGGGACAGAACCCACACGAACAUGAGAUGCUGCGACACCCGGUCUUCGGUACUCCGUACCCCCGGGACCUUCCUCCCCAGAUGUCCGCAGCCCACCAGCUCCAGGCCAUGCAUGCCCAGUCUGCAGAGCUGCAGCGGCUAGCUAUGGAACAACAGUGGCUGCAUGGACAUCACCACAUGCACGGUGGCCCACUACCUGGCCAAGAGGACUAUUACAGAUCAUGCAGACGUUUCAAGUGAUCUCGAGUUCCAGAAAUGGACUCCUUUUACAGAAAAACCUGAUGCCGGCUGAAGAAGGAAAGCGACAAGCAACUGUAACCGACCAAAUGGGGACGCAGGAAGUUGCCUAGGACACAGGAACAGGAAGUAGUUACAGAGCGGUAUGUCAGUCAGAGGAACUCGAUCUCCGCUCCUCCAAACAUUUUCCCGUUACAAAGAACAACAAAAACUGAAGAAGAAAAAAAAGAGGAGGAUUUUUCUGUUAUCUGUUUUUCCUUCCCGGUCCGUGGGUUGUUUUUUAUUUUUAGUUGUUUUUUUAAGAACAUUGAGAGACUUUGUUUGGUGUAACUAUAGCCUUCAAGUAGUGGCACCGACUUCAAGACUGAUUGUGACUUUCCUGCAUGAAAACUCCUCUAAAGCUUCCACAACGUGUUUGUAGGUAGCACACGUUCACUGUGCUCGUCGAUGGAAAGGAGACGAGGCAGAGAGAGGAACGUUCCAGACAUUAAUAUCCACGGAAAGAUUCAAAACAAAGUGCUAUUGUUAUUUUAAUACCUUAUUGGAGGUUUUUAUCAUUUGAACGAAAAGCUGCAGCAUGGCAUUUUUUGAGUCUGUAAAUAGUAUAUAUAUAUAUAUAUAUA